AUUAUUUGAUAAAUAUAAGGUGACUUGAUAACAAAGUAACCCGUAGUUCAAAACCAGGUCUCCCUAGUACACAGCCUCUCGCCUGUCUUCUCUGCUGUGGAUCUCUAGCGUGCAAGCACAGAGACUCUCCAAAAGUUCCUUUCAAUGGGUCAGGGAACUCCGGGCGGUCUGAAUCGGCAAGGCUUGCCGGGCGACCGAAAAGGCGACGGUGGCGACAAGAAGGAGAAGAAGUUCGAGCCGGCGGCGCCGCCUGCUCGCGUCGGCCGCAAGCAGCGUAAGCAGAAGGGCCCCGAAGCCGCCGCCCGCCUUCCCACCGUGACGCCACUCACCAAGUGCAAGCUCAGGCUCCUCAAGCUCGAGCGAAUCAAAGAUUACCUUCUCAUGGAAGAAGAGUUCGUCGCCAAUCAGGAGCGCCUCAAGCCGCAGGAGGACCGCACCGAGGAGGACCGUUCCAAAGUCGACGAUCUGCGGGGAUCGCCCAUGAGCGUCGGCAAUCUUGAGGAGCUGAUUGAUGAGAAUCACGCCAUCGUCUCGUCCUCCGUUGGGCCGGAGUACUAUGUGGGGAUUUUGUCGUUCGUCGAUAAGGAUCAGCUCGAACCUGGAUGCGCCAUUUUAAUGCACAAUAAGGUUCUUUCUGUUGUUGGGCUUCUUCAAGAUGAGGUUGAUCCAAUGGUUUCUGUAAUGAAGGUUGAGAAAGCUCCACUGGAGUCAUAUGCCGACAUAGGAGGGCUAGAUGCUCAAAUACAGGAAAUUAAAGAAGCCGUUGAGCUUCCUUUGACUCAUCCGGAAUUAUAUGAAGAUAUUGGCAUCAAACCUCCCAAGGGUGUCAUACUUUAUGGAGAGCCUGGAACAGGCAAGACCUUGCUUGCAAAGGCAGUGGCAAACUCAACAUCAGCAACAUUCUUGCGUGUUGUUGGAAGUGAAUUGAUUCAGAAGUACUUGGGUGAUGGUCCAAAAUUAGUAAGGGAACUCUUCAGAGUUGCUGAUGACCUCUCACCUUCAAUUGUCUUCAUUGAUGAAAUUGAUGCAGUUGGUACAAAAAGGUACGAUGCCCACUCAGGUGGUGAGCGUGAAAUCCAGAGGACCAUGUUGGAACUCCUCAACCAAUUAGAUGGCUUUGAUUCUAGAGGUGAUGUCAAAGUCAUUCUUGCAACAAACAGAAUUGAAAGUCUUGAUCCUGCUUUGCUUAGGCCAGGCCGAAUAGAUAGAAAGAUUGAAUUCCCUCUUCCUGAUAUUAAAACAAGGAGGCGCAUAUUCCAGAUACACACAUCAAGGAUGACAUUAGCAGAUGAUGUUAACCUGGAAGAAUUUGUUAUGACUAAAGAUGAAUUUUCUGGAGCUGAUAUAAAGGCAAUUUGUACUGAAGCUGGCUUGCUUGCUCUGAGAGAGCGCCGUAUGAAGGUGACGCAUGUCGACUUUAAGAAGGCAAAGGAGAAGGUAAUGUUCAAGAAGAAGGAAGGGGUGCCAGAAGGACUCUACAUGUGAAAACCUACGGCCCCAUAUGUAUUCUGUACUUUAAAUGUGUUCAUUUAUUUGCUGUGCUGGCUGGAUUUGAUUUGCUUUUGCUCCCAUUUGGUCUGUGAGUGGGUAAUAGCAAGAUUGCCGUCCUUUUGCUCUGAUACAAAAACUGAUAAAUUUUAGUAGCAAUUUGUUGCACUGUGAUGAUUCAGCUAAA